AUGGACGCUCUCAAGCCGUCACACAGAGCAUUCAUUGCGCUGGGCAGUAAUGUUGGCGAGCGAGUCGAGAUGAUUGAGAAAGCUUGUCUGGAAAUGGACAGAGCCGGCAUCAAAGUCCAACGAACCAGUUCCUUGUUUGAAACCGCCCCGAUGUACUAUCUCGACCAGGAACCCUUCAUGAAUGGCGUUUGCGAGUCCAUUGAGGUCAGUCUCGGCCGGAAGAAGUUGAUCGACAAAGGACCCCGGUCAAUCGACCUAGACAUCCUUCUCUAUGACCAACAAGUCUUCACUCACGACCGUCUCAACAUCCCGCACAAGCUUAUGCUAGAGCGAGAUUUUGUCCUCCGACCUCUGAGCCAACUAAUUCCCAACGAAGUCCCCCCCUUCAAAGGCCACAAAACAACCUACCUCUCCCACCUGGCUUCCCUCCCCCCACCCUCGCCCACCCCCGUCGCGACAACCUACAUAUCCCCAUCCUUUCCACCGCUCCGCGCCACGGACCCCUCCCGGCGCACGCACAUAAUGGCAAUACUAAACCUAACCCCGGACUCUUUCUCUGACGGGGGCAAACACCUAGCGGAGCCUGAAGCAAUAACCUCCACAGUCCGCUCCUUUAUCCAAUCUGGCGCCACAAUUAUCGAUAUUGGCGGCGAGAGCACACGGCCGGGUUCAACACCCGUCGGGGUAGACGAAGAACUCCGCCGCAUUAUUCCAGCCAUCCGGCAUAUCCGCACGUCCAUACCUGAAGCAAAGAAUAUAGCCAUUAGCGUCGACACAUACCGCGCCCGCGUCGCAGCCGAAGCCCUCGCCGCCGGAGCAGACAUCAUCAAUGACGUCUCCGCUGGUCUCCUAGACCCCGAAAUGCUUCCCACUGUUGCACAGUCCGGCAAAUCCAUUAUCCUAAUGCACAUGCGAGGCUCCCCUUCUACAAUGACAAAACUAACCUCGUACGCCAACGGCGUAAUAUCCGAUGUGGGCACGGAACUUCUUGCGCGUGUGGCAGCCGCUGAAGCAACGGGUAUCAGGCGGUGGCGGAUCAUACUCGAUCCCGGGCUAGGGUUCGCGAAGAACCAGGCUGAGGAUCUGACUAUCCUGAAGGAUUUUGCGGCGCUCCGGAAAACACAGGGGCUGGAAUACUUUCCUUGGUUGAUGGGGCCGAGUCGCAAGAGGUUCAUUGGGAGGCUGACGGGAGUGGAGAAGGCGAGUGAGCGCGGUUGGGGCACAGCGGCGACAGUUACGGCCAGUGUGGCUGGGGGUGCGGACAUUAUGUACAAGAACCUGACUGAAGGAACAACGGAUCUGUAG